AUAUAGUGAAUGCAGGGUCCGGGGAGAGCGGAUAUAGUGAAUGCAGGGUCCGGGGAGAGCGGAUAUAGUGAAUGCGGGGUCUGGGGGAGAGCGGAUAUAGUGAAUGCGGGGUCCGGGGAGAGCGGAUAUAGUGAAUGCGGGGUCCGGGGAGAGCGGAUAUAGUGAAUGCGGGGUCCGGGGAGAAACGGAUAUAGUGAAUGCGGGGUCCGGGGAGAGCAGAUAUAGUGAAUGCGGGGUCCGGGGAGAGCGGAUAUAGUGAAUGCAGGGUCCGGGGAGAGCGGAUAUAGUGAAUGCCGGGUCCGGGGAGAGCGGAUAUAGUGAAUGCGGGGUCCGGG